GGGACCCUGGGCAGCGCCCCCGCGGCGCGCGGGUCGGAGCAGGGGGCGGGCGGCCGCUGAGGGGAGCCGAGCCCGGAGCUCAGCGGCCGGGGCCCAGGGAGCCGUCCGAGCGGCGGAGCCUGCGUGCCGGGACGGCGGUACGGGCCGCCUCCUGCGCUUCAGCUGCGCGCGGACGGGAAAAGAAAAUUUAGAAGGAAAUUUGCCAAAUAAAGAAGAUGGGAGCAAAUAGCAGCAUCAGUGAGCUUCCAGAAAAUGAAUACCUAAAAAAACUAUCAGGAGCAGAGCCCAUCUCUGAGAAUGACCCAUUCUGGAAUCAGCUGCUGUCUUUUAGCUUUACCACGCCAACAAACAGUUCUGACUUAAAGCUCUUGGAAGAAGCCACAGUCUCAGUCUGCAAGUCUUUAGUUGAGAAGAAUCCUCGAACAGGGAACCUUGGGUCGUUGAUUAAAGUCUUUCUCUCCAGAACCAAAGAGUUAAAAAUUUCAGCAGAAUGUCAGAAUCACCUCUUUAUUUGGCAAGCUCACAAUGCACUGUUUAUUAUUUGCUGUUUGCUGAAAGUGUUCAUCAGUCAAAUGUCAGAAGAAGAUCUGCAACUUCAUUUUACUUACGAAGAGAAAACACCAGGCUCUUAUGGAGUAGAGUGUGAAGACCUCAUCGAAGAGUUGCUGUGUUGCCUCAUCCAGCUCAUUGUUGAAAUUCCCCUCCUAGAUAUUACAUACAGCAUUUCAUUGGAAGCUGUGACAACUCUCAUUGUCUUCCUCUCCUGCCAAUUAUUCCACAAAGAAAUUCUACGGGAGAGCAUCAUUCACAAGUACCUGAUGCGCGGUCGAUGUCUCCCAUAUACCAGCAGACUUGUGAAAACUUUACUAUAUAAUUUCAUUAGACAAGAAAGAAGCCCUCCUCCAGGGUCUCGUGUCUUUCAGCAGCAAACAGAUGGAGGAGGACUACUUUAUGGAAUUGCAUCUGGGGUGGCAACUGGCCUGUGGACAGUCUUCACUCUUGGUGGAGUGGGGAGUAAAGCAGCAUCACAGCUGGAGCAGUGUUCCCCUCUAGCUAACCAGAGCCUCCUGCUUCUGCUGGUCUUGGCUAACCUGACUGAUGCUCCAGACACUCCGAAUCCCUACAGGCAAGCUAUUAUGUCCUUCAAGAACACACAAGAUAGCAGUGCUUUUCCAUCAUCAAAUCCACACGCUUUCCAGAUCAAUUUUAACAGUUUAUACACAGCUUUGUGUGAGCAGCAAAAAUCUGAUCAAGCGACUCUUCUUUUAUACAUGCUUCUGCAUCAGAACAGCAACGUACGGACAUACGUGUUGGCACGAACGGACAUAGAAAACCUUGUUCUGCCAAUCCUUGAAAUCCUGUAUCAUGUUGAGGAAAGGAAUUCACACCAUGUUUACAUGGCUCUUAUCAUUUUGCUGAUCCUUACAGAGGACGAUGGCUUCAACCGGUCCAUUCAUGAAGUGAUGUUGAAAAAUAUCACUUGGUAUGCUGAGCGUGUCUUAACAGAGAUCUCACUUGGGAGUCUCCUGAUACUAGUGGUGAUAAGAACCAUCCAGUACAACAUGACACGGACAAGGGACAAAUACCUUCAUACAAAUUGUCUGGCAGCCUUAGCAAAUAUGUCAGCACAGUUCCGCUCACUUCACCAGUAUGCUGCUCAGAGGAUCAUCAGUUUGUUUUCUUUGUUGUCUAAAAAACACAACAAAGUGCUCGAGCAAGCCACUCAGUCCCUGAGAGGUUCCCUCAGUACAAAUGACUCUCCGCUGCCUGAUUACGCACAAGACCUGAAUGUGAUCGAGGAAGUGAUCCGAAUGAUGCUGGAGAUCAUCAACUCCUGCCUGACCAAUUCCCUUCAUCACAACCCAAACCUGGUGUACGCGCUGCUUUACAAGAGGGAUCUGUUUGAGCAGUUUCGGACUCACCCUUCCUUCCAGGACAUCAUGCAAAAUAUAGAUCUGGUGAUCAGCUUUUUCAGCUCCCGCUUAGAGCAAGCUGGAGCUGAGCUGUCAGUGGAGCGAGUUCUGGAAAUCAUCAAGCAAGGAGCUGUUGCUUUGCCCAAAGACAGGCUAAGAAAGUUCCCCGAGCUGAAGUUCAAGUACGUGGAGGAGGAGCAGCCUGAGGAGUUCUUCAUCCCUUACGUGUGGUCCUUGGUCUACAACUCUGCCGUGGCUCUGUACUGGAACCCUCACGACAUCCAGCUCUUCACUAUGGACUCUGGCUGAAGCGGAUGCCCCAGCCGACCCAACCCAACUCCGUCUUCUUACAGAAAAAGAAACUUCACACGGCGUGUUUGAUACGUGACCCCCUUCCAGCGUGCACCCUCUGACCCCACAGCUUUCGGAGAAUGAAGCUUUCCGCUCGUGUACAGCCCGACGUCAGCGUUUUUGGGAGCAGGUUGCCACCGAUACGCUGGCAACAGGCUGUGGUGUGAGGGACUGAUGGCUUGUAGGCACCCUUGUAUUUAUAGUCCCAUAACCUAGAGCUUGUCCGAUGAAAAUGAGGCCUUACACAUGGGGUGUGAUGUUACUGCCAACCACAAACCUGAUUGUUCUUUUAACUUGACAGGGUAAAUGAGGAAAGAGAUCGCAGACGUUUGAUUUGGAAGCAGCCUUUGUGUUUUCGUUAAGUUUCAAGCCAGGCAGCGCCCGUUGGGUCGGGUUUUCUGUGGUCUCUUGGGUUCUGCCAUGGGUUGCUUGUUACCUGAUCCUGUGCUUUCACUCACAGCCCUUUAAUUUGGUGACACUGCCAAGGCUGCAGUUGCUACACCGGUGUCCUCGCUGUCAUCCGAGCGAGCUAAGCAAAGCAGCGCAUUAACCAGAUUAGCUCCCAGGCAGAUUCAAAACACUUGAUUUAGAUGUCAAAAUGUUUGUGGGAGGAUUUUCAAGAGCAAGUCUUAUUUUUCUGUUUGUUUAUUUGACUGGCAAAUGUGUAGUGGAGAGCUAGAAACACCAGCUUUCAGAUCCAAGGCCGUGUUUUGCUGUGCUCCCGUGCAAAAGUUGUUCCUGGAAAUCGAGCGUUGGGAGGGUGGGGAGUGGGAAAGUAUCUCCAAAGAAAAUAGUUACGGGAUUAUAAAAUAGAGCAACGUCCUGCAAAACUGUGUGUAAUGGUGACAGUGUGUCAUGGGGAUCCUUGGCAAAGUUUUGUGUUGAAAACCCCGUUCGCUAUUAAAGGUUUUACCGCAGAAGUGUAAGUUUACCUGAAUGUAGAAUACUUCUCUCCUUUUUUUGUUGCUGUUGCUGUUUUAAAGUGUCCUUUCCUGAUAUACCUGUUUCUGCAGUUGGAAGAACAAAAGAAGUGGCUCGACCUGAUUCUGAAGGAGCAGCUCCUUUUCCGACAUGGGGAUCAUUCUUUCUCUGAGGAGGCUGCUGACGGUGCCCGUCACACACGCAUGCAGACGCUCUCCAAAUCCCACGUGCUGCAUGCCAAAACACAAAUACCCAGGAAUUAGCUCCUAUAUGUACACAGCAACCCCUUGUAUUCACUGCCUGCUCCAGCAUGUUCUGGUUACUGACCUGAAGAGUCAGGUGCAUUUGCUUUCAGACAGUCCUUGGAGUGGCUUGAAUUAGAAUUUCUUGCUCUCUCUUUUCUCUCUAUUUUUCCCCCUGAAGGAUGCACUAGGGUUGUACUUUCCCUUUUAUCUGCUUAUUCAGAAUUGAAAGUCCAUUUGAGUCCUAAACAAAUGGAAAUGCUGGCUUGGAAACAAAGAAAAACCAAAAGAAAAACCCAACAAAAAGAGAAAAGCUUUCCAAUUUCAUUUGAACAAAGCUACAGAGUGACAUACACAGCCCAAGCACCUUUAGGACUUCAACAGUAGAAGCUUUUGAGAAAAAGCAAUAGCAAGACUGGGGAUACAGCUUUUUUUUUUCCUUAGGAAAAUAUGAGCAAUGAAUGCACCGUGACUGAGCUGCAUGUUUUUAUGCUGUGUUUCGGAAUAUUUUUUGGGGAUCUUUGAGUCUUUCAGCCAAAGACGAAUGGCUCUUCUUGGUUCUUGUAGAGGUUUGUGAUUUUAUCUUUGUUAAAAGACUCACGAGUGUUUGUAAGUCAGCCAGGCUGCGCAGCCUUCAGAAGGGUCAGCCUCAAGAUGCACUUUUAAAAGGGUGGAUUCUGAAGCUUCUGGCAUGGCUCUGUUUUCGUCUUGUCUUCAGUGCCCACGAGCACUUCAAACUGCCCUGAGGUGAGCACCUUGCACUCCACUCCCUACAGCACAAGUGGAAGAAAAGAGGGCUGAGCCAGAGCAAAUGCUCAUCAGCCAAGUGUCAGGCUGGAGAGAAGGCGAUGGGUUUUUCUUUUGUUCUUUGAAAGGGCUUUUUAUAAAGAGAAGGGUGCACAAAACAGCAAUCUGAUAGAAUGGGUCAGACCAGCUGCUGAUCCCAUGUACGAGUUGCACAGAAAGUUGUUUCUCACUCUCCUUUUGUUGCGAUGACACUGAAGUACGGGAGGAAUGGAUUUGUUCCAAUCACAUAAUUUCCUUGUGCUUUUCAUUAACAUGCAGUACUCCCAGAGCCCAGCUGGGUUGGAGCAGCUGGAGUUAACAAUCCAAAGCUGAAACAGCAGAGCCAGACCGAGAUUUAUGCUGAAAACCACGCUAGCACCUUUGGCUGUCCCAAAAGUUUGAGCAUUGUAUGGGUCUGGCAGUGUCCUGAUGUCUGCAGCCUGGCACGGUCACAAAUACUCUGUUUUCCUUCAGAUCUGUAAAGUAUCACCUUAAGGAUCCUUUUCAUUACUUUGUGUGAAGGAUUUAUUAUGCAUAAUAAUAAAAAUAAAGACAACUGUAAAUCCA